GCAUACGUUCACUAGUUCACACGUGCAUGGUUUUUUAUUGGUCGAAAUUUAAUUCCCCAUUUUGAACUCUUAUGUUCUAUUCCAUUGCAGACGUCUAAUUAUUUCUUACUUCGUGGUAUAUCUUGGUGAAAUGAAAUUCAAACUUCAAAAUAGAAUACAGGUGCACGUGCUACGUGACAUUUCUGUUGAAAUUAACCUCAAAAUCACGUUAUUAGUAUACAUCUAGUGGCUAGUGGCACAUUAAAAAUCAAAUAAAUAAAAACAUUAUUAGUAUACAUGUCCCUAAUUUAAUCUUAAGAUCGUAACUUUAUUUAUUCUCUGAAACUCUGAGCAACAUGUCGGAAAUAGUUGAGUCCGUGAGGAAGUCCCUGAAGAAGUUCCUGACCAUAGAAAAUGAUACCCAGUUACCUGGACCUGAACAAAACAAUCAGGCCUCCAAGGAGAAUAAGAUAACGUCAUUGAUGAAAGAAUUGGAAUUUGACCAAGUCUACAUCCUUUCUGUCUCUGGAAUCCAAAGUGAACCAGAGUUUAAGAUUGGAGUAGCACUAUCGGAUUAUUCGUGUGUCAUAUAUUCUGUCGGUCAAUUCUUAAGCCGAACAAUUACGUUGAGCCACAAUCGGGCGCCCAUUGUGGGAAUUAAGUUCAGUCCUACUUCCAGAGACAUAUUAUACAUCGCCAAUGCGGCUGGACUGGUAACGGCAUGUGAUUUGCGUGCUGACGGAAAGGUUGUAGCAGAAUUUAAAGAUGACUCAGAUGAUGGCGAAAUGAAACCCUUGGCCAGCUUUGAUGUCAGUUGCAACGAAAGGCUCAUAGCCGGUGGAACUGAAAAUACAGAGGGAGAUGCAUUCAUCCUAUUCUGGGACAUAAGAAAAAGUAAUUCGAAAAACGGUGAGAGUCUGCUCGGUGGAUAUUGGGACUCGCAUCAGGAUGAUAUUACUUCCUUGACGUUUCAUCCUGCCAAGCAAACUGUCUUAGCAUCAGGCAGCACAGAUGGUCUGAUAAAUGUAUUCGAUCUCACGCAACCCUCAGAGGAUGUGGCGUUAACACAUUCGUUGAAUACUGAAUCAUCAGUGGACAGGCUGGGCUGGUUAACUGAUGACUCCUUGUGGUGUACGACUCACACACACGCGUUGCAAUUGUGGAAUUGCGAAGAUGCUAGUGCGUACGCAACGUUUACGCGCAACCAGUUUGCCGAGUCGCAGAAUAACGAGCCCGACGAUUGCUACGUUGUGAGAUUCCAUCCCACAAAGACGUUUGAGCAACCAUUUGUACUGGCGGGUUGUAGCGCAGCUAAAGGGGAAAGUUUAAGAUGCCUGAAUGUUGCGAACGAUCGCUUAGAAACACUUUACGAACUAGAUAACAAUAAACAAGUAGUACGAGACAGUUGGAUUCAUGAAAAGAGUGGCAGUCUGGUGACAGUCGGCGAAUCAGGUAUUAUCGAUGUGUGGCGGCAAGCAGAAUCCACAGAGCAAGACACAAGUUGUGAAUUGGUAGACAAAGUCGAUGUUGUGGAAAGCCAUAGAACUAAACCGUAUUGAAGCGAUUUAGAUGGUGAGAUUUGUUGAUAAAGGAAUAAAUUUUAUACCAUUGUAUAAUGUACUGAAAAACUGUUCGAUUUAUAAUCAACGAGAGUAACUCAUUAAUGGAUUUAUCUAUAAACCGAUCCCUCGGAUCCUAAACUGAAAAGAAAGAAUGCAAAUUGAAUAGGUAAUCAUAUAUUUCCCUCAUAUUCUUCUUUAUUACGUAACAGUUGUAUGUACAUUUAUAAUAAAUAGGUAUUAUUUGUU